GUCUGACCACAGUCGUGAAUUGAACUGGUGCCCAACGUUUAUCUAUGCUGAUGCCAGACUGAACGUAUAAUACCCGUCUUAUCUUACUCUGAUGGGAACAUGUCAUUGCUGACAUUUGUGUUACUGACUUAGCGAGUGUAGCUACUGGCUAGUGAAAUCACAAAUAUCGGAAACCAGUAAUAUACCUAUGUAAUUUCGCGUGUUUGGCGCCUUUUUUAGUAUUAAUAUGUUGGUAGCAUUGGUCAAGUAGGCGUAUGUUGUUGCGGAUCGUUUCUUCUGUUCUUGGGUUAUUUGUGACAUGUAUUGUUGUACAUUUGUUUUUGUGUUUGAACACUUUGCGAAUGAAUAAAACAGAAAGUAUGGGAAAAGUACUUCAGUACCGUGUAAAGUUUAAUAAGCAUUCUGAAGUCUUUUAAUAUGUCGUUUUAAUCGAAAAAUUGCCUAAAAAUGGAGUCUGAGGACUUCAUCCCCAUGGAAUCUCUGUUGGAAGUGUCUCUCGUCGAAGGUGGGCAACAAAUAUGCGCCAAUGAAGGAAUUGAAGAAAUUACCAUCGAUGAGCCAGCUACAAAUAAUUUCUUACCUGAAGAACGUCAAACAGAUUCUUCCUCGUUCAUCGUGAUAGUGGAUGAUGGAGACGAGCCUCAAGAUGUGUUGGGAACCCCCACCAGUGCUGCCACUAUUGCAGCAAAGUUUUCACUCUCGUCACCUGUCAAUGCGGGUGGUGUUGCUGACGAAGCGCAACCUUCCAUGUUGUCCGCAGAGGAUGGAAAAAAUGACAAGUCGCAAAGUUUGUCCACCAACAAUCUCAUGGCUACCAGAAUCUCGGAUGAGGAGAAGUCUUUCUACAAAGAAAUGUUUAAAGACCCGUCGGCCGUCUGCAAGAUGCGCCUGCACUGCACUGCCUGCGACCGGCACAUGGGCCUGUCGACCAAGACGGUGGUGUUCAGCCACCGCAUCAUGCGGGUGCUGCUGUGCCAGCGCUGCUACCUGUUCUACGACACUGGCGAGUUCCAGCAGGGCGACGACGGCAGCGACAUGUUCUGCCGCUGGUGCGGCCAGGGCGGGCGGCUCAUCUGCUGCAGCCUCUGCAGCAACGUCUUCUGCGAGAAAUGCAUUUCUCGCAACUUUGGAACCACCCAGCUUCGUAGAAUCAAGAAAGCUGAUGAUUGGUUCUGUUUUGUUUGUAAUCUGAAGAGUUUGUGGCCGGCACGUGCAACGUGCGCUGAACUGAAAAAGGCAGUUGCCGAGUUGAAAAGAAAAUCUGCAGAAGUGAAGGCUAGAGAAGGAAAAGCACCUCCUUGUGUGGAUCUGAGCAAGUGCUGCAGUAGUGAAACCCCAAAAGUUAAAAUUAGCAAGGCCAAAGAAACUGUGGUGGCAGAAGAACAAAAGAAGCCAUUGGCAAUGAUACAACCUUUACCCAAGAAGAAAGUUUUGUCGCCUCCUGGUACUGCCCGUGAGGUUAACACCGUGAGCAACCACCAGGGGUACGUCACAGUUUCAUCCCGUGAGGCCUUGCGUGAAUCCCCCUCCCUUCGCGGUCAGCCAACGCUGUUGUGGUCACAACUGAAAACCAUGCAGCAGACGAAAACUACGCCAACGUUCAGUUGCACCAAGACGUAUCAGCGUACGCCUCAAAGGAGCGGCUUGAUACCAGCCAAAUUUCCUAGCAGUGUUGGUGGAACUCAGUAUUACACCAUGGCGCACGCGACCCCAGGUUCCCAGGCGAGAGUAACCGGCGCCACCACCAGCACGCCCCAAUCUGAUCUCCGCCACCGGUUCAUGAAGAUUGUAUCAACCCCUCACCCCAAACCUACCCUUCCCACUCCGCCACAGAAGCACUAUGUAACGAUCCAGCCCAGGCAGGCUCCACGGCAACAACCUCCGGGCACGGGACCGUCGUACCAAGCCGUCGAGCCUACGUUAAACUUUCCUAAUACGAGGCUCCUCGCGCCAAACCAAGUGUACUCCAUCCCUUCAGCAUACAUCAAGAGUGUUGUGAAAAACAGGCCCACGCUGUCGCAAAUUCCAGGCCAGGUUUUGAGGCCCGUGGCAAAUUUACCUUCUCCCCCUUCUCCCCCUUCUCCCCCAUCAUCCAAGCAGGAUUCGAGCAUUGAAAACUUCCCUGAACUACGACAUUCCAAUGAUGUGGUGGAUCAGAAGAAAGUGAAGACUAAGUGGUUUGUCUGUGGGUUUGAAAAAUUUGCAGGGGUGUCCCGCGUGCUUUGGUCCCACAUCCACAAACUGAAGGAAAGCUUUGCAAGUUUAGAGGCCAAAAAUGAUGUUCAAGGCAUGAAGGCUGCGGCUGGCGAGCUUCACCAUUUGUUGGAGGAGGCGGCAGCAAACAUGAAAGAUAUCGACAAGAUGGUCGGUAAAGAGUUUCGGGAUUGGUGCAAAUCUCUGAAGACUUUGCCAAAGCAGUCAAACAGUGCUCUUCUGGAAGUUAUUGACAUAACAAAUGAUGAGGAUUGCCCUAAGCCCGCAGAAGUUGUAGAGAUGGAAAUAACUCCUGACAUUGUUUCUCUUGGACCAUUCUCUGUUUCUACCGGUGACUUACAGUAUGUUGGGGAGGGACCGAAUACUUGUGCCUCUCCACCUCGAAAAAAUAGAAGUAAUUCUAACUUUGGUUCACCUCUAAGUACAAGUCCGAACAACGGGCAGAAGACCAAUCGGGCGGUAGUUUCGAACUUUCGUAGUACUGUGCUCGAUCAUGCUUACUCGGUUGCCGAGCCUGCUGGAACCGCCAGCAAAGCCUCGGAAGAAAACAACGUUACCUUGGACCUGGACAUCUGUUGCGAGUCUGAUGAAGAUGAUCACGAUAUUGACGGUACCAGCACGGGUGAGUCCCAAGUCAUAAAUUGUGAAGAAGACAAUUUUCGAGAAGCUAUUGAGUACAACAAUGACAACAGCCUGAAAGACAAAUUGUCGGAAGUGAUGAAUAGUAAACAAGUUUCUUUAGUGAGUGUGGGUGAUGGUAUGUGUUUGGAUGAAAUUACAGGAGAAGUUGCCCCAGACUAUGAAAGUUCUUUGAAGUCCACCUCUAAAGCUGACAGCAUAUCAGUUUUAAAGAGGAACCUAGGGAAGGGAAACACAGUGAUGACACAGACAGAUAGUGCAGAUGUUGUUUCGAGUCAUGCAUCUAAAGAAAAAAUUGCUUUUCGUGUCUGUGCUGAUGAACAAAAAGGCCCACCAGACAUUCCUAAAACUAGUAGUGUUACUGUGCAGACAGAGACAACUUUUGGUGAAAUAGCCUUGGAGGAAUCAAAGUACAUAGAACUCAAACGUGAUAUUGUGCAAACAUCUGAAAACCCAGUGAAACCAUGGUCCAAUGAAUUUGACAGUUUUCUGAAGAAGAUGGACGUAAGCUCAGAAGACGUCCCUUCAAGCAGCUCGGGAACAGUUACUGUUCCCACGUCGCCCAUUUCAAAGCCGAGUGACAGUGAUGAGCGCCUGCCACGACAGUUAACGGACACUCCAGAGAAAGUUAACCCUUCCGAGAAUCUACAGAGGCUGAAGGAAGCGGUGGAAAAGCCAGUGUUACAAAAAUGUAAAGUCAUCUUGGAUAAAGCAAAGUUGUCAGGUGAUUUGAGUGUUGCAUCUAAUACUUUGGCAAGCCCCAGAGUGAAAAUUAAAAAAGAAAAACCUGACUUUGUCUAUACUGACAGUGCUGUGUCGUCCAGGAGACGUAUGUUUUCUAACGUUAGCCAGAACUUACCUGCUCCGGAAAGCAUUAAAAGGAAAAGGCAUCUCAAUAACUCAAGUGAUUUUGAGCAUGUAGCAAAAAAAUUUAAAAGUGAAGUUGAUAUAAAAACUAAAUAUCCAGAAGUUACGAGCAAGCUGUGUAUUGUCAAAGUAGAGAGGUUAAAGUAGAAUAAAAACUGUCAUCUGUGAAA